AUGUUGACAUGGCUUAGAAGACCAUACGGUCUGACCACCGAGUCCCUGUAUGCACGCCAGUUCUCAUGGACAUCUACCAAGUACUAUGCGUCCAGUGCCGAGAACCCAGAAUACGACUACACGGCAGCAAGAGAGUGGUACAAGAAAGCUAACCUAUUGGAGUCUUUGCGUGGUUUCGGCGAGAUUACUUACAGUCGUUCCAGCGGCCCCGGUGGUCAGAACGUGAACAAAGUCAAUUCAAAAGCACAAUUACGCAUCCCAGUCGACCGUUUGUUACCUCUUCUUCCGACUGCCUUGCACAAGGGCAUCCUCUCUUCCCGAUACCAUGCAGAGAACUCGUCCAGCCUUGUGAUUCAAGCUGACGAGAGUCGAAAGCAGCAGGCAAACAAGGACACGUGCUACCGCAAGCUCAAUGAACUCAUUAUGGAUGUCUAUAAGCACACCGUGCCGGGGGAGACGACAGAGGACCAAAAAGAAAGAGUUCGAAAACUCCAAAGGGCUGCCAAAGAGGCACGAUUAAAGGACAAGCAUAUACAUUCGAGCAAGAAGCAAGCAAGGUCAGGAGGUGGCAGAGAUUGA